AUGCUAAGGGAGGUGGAGAUCCUAUCAGGAUUUAAAUAUCCGUGGUCGGGGGCACCAGGGAAAACAUAUAUUUCAAACCAAACCCUUUCUUUCUUUCUUUCUUUCUUUCUUUCUUUCUUUCUUUCUUCUCCUCUUUCUCGUACACAUUCUUUCUUUCUUUCUUUCUUUCUUUCUUUCUUUCUUUCUUUCUUUCUUUCCCUCCCUCUUUCUCAUACACAUUCUUUCUUUCUUUCUUUCUUUCUUUCUUUCUCAUACACAUUCUUUCUUUCUUUCUUUCUUUUCUUUCUUUCUUUCUUUCUUUCUUUCCCUCCCUCUUUCUUAUACACAUUCUUUCUUUCUUUCUUUCUUUCUUUCUUUCUUUCUUUCUUUCUUUCCUUCUUUCUUUCCCCCCUCUUUCUCAUACACAUUCUUUCUUUCUUUCUUUCUUUCUUUCUUUCUUUCUUUCUUUCUUUCUUUCUUUCUUAUACACAUUCUUUCUUUCUUUCUUUCUUUCUUUCUUUCUUGAAAUUUUCUGCAUUUUCUUUCUAUCUUUCUUUUCUUUCUUUCUUUCUUUCUUUCUUUCAUUCUUUCUUUCUUUAUUUCUUUCUUUAUUUCUUUCUUUCUUUCAGAAUCGUUCACCUUUGUUUCUUUCUUUCAAACAUUGAAACAUUCAUUUUUAUCUAUCUAUCUAUCUAUCUAUCUAUCUAUCUAUCUAUCUAUCUAUCUAUCUAUCUGUCUAUCGAUCUAUCUAUCACAACCUGUUGA